UCUUCAGUUCUUCCUCCAUAAACCCUAAUUUACCAGACAUCCCCAGAAAAAUCACAACACCUUCCUCUGCAAAGGAACCACCUUUUCCCAAAUCCAACGGUCGUUUUGUGAUUGAAAACAAGCCCUGACCGUUGAUUUUGUCCGAGGGUAGCUGCAUCAGUUGAUUCAGCUCCUUCACUGCUGCAAUUUUGAUUGUUUUUUUGCAAUUUGGGUAUUGGUGAUGUUUGUUCGAUAUAUGUGAAGAAGAUUAGAGGCUAUGGAGAGUUUGGAAGCCAUGGAGAAUGGUGUUAGAUUGUGCAAUGGUGGGAUGGCAAUGGAGAGUUUGGAGGUCGUGCCUAAUGGUGUUGACUGUGGCAAUGGUGGGUCGGUACAGCUUAGCAAUGGUGUGGAAGAAAGUGAUACUCUGGAUGUUGACAUUCUUGAGGAUUUGGAUUCUUAUAUGCAAGAUGUUAAUGACCGGUUAACCAUAUCGAGGAUGGUGAGUGACUCGGUCGUCAAGGGUAUGGUGAAAGCAGUGAAAGAAGAGGCAGCUGAGGAGAUUGCUCAGAAAGACCAAGAGGUGAUUCAAUUGAAGCAAAUGCUACAUAUUUAUCAUGUGGGUGUUGAUGAGAACCAAUUUUUGGGAUCUUCAGUAAUGCUGCAAGAGUCAACAGGUACCCAACGUAGACUUAAUUAUAUUGGUAGUGGAGAUAGAACACUGCAGCCUUGUUCCCUUGAAGCUGUUUCUGGGCAUGAUAUAAUAGCAGAAACUUUGGUCCACUUAAGAGGGACUACUAAUGAAGAAUUCAAGAAGCUCAAAAAAGAAAUUGAUAGCAUAAGAGGGCGUAAUUUAAUUAAGAGGAUUAGUUCCAGUUUUGGUUUGGGUGACGUGCUGCAGGAUAAGGUAGCUGACAGGUGGGAUGUGGAUAGAACCUUGGAUAGUCUAAAGACUACUGUAGAAAGUGUCUAUCAACAGGUGGAAGAAAUGGUCUGCUUGUCAAAGUCAUCAGUAUAUGAGUGGCAGCUGGAGCAGGACUUAAGAACAAAAAUUGAAGCAGACAUUGAAGCGCUUGUGAUUAGGAAUUGUAUUUGGAGCGUUGAGGGAAAGAUGUGGACUUAUGGUGCAAAAAAUGUGGACUGUGAUGGAAGGAUGAAAAGGAUAUCAGGUAUACGUGACGAGCUAGAUGCUAUUGCUAGAUCACUAUCUGUUUCUGACAAUGGGCAGCAAUCUUCUCAUGGAUCCUUGGAAGGUAAAGAAGAAAGUAGCAAUGGUCUAAAGGGCGCCAGUACACAUCGCAGGAUAUUGAACAAUCUUAUAUCAUCAACAUCAUUACCAUCAACAAUAACAACAGCAGCAUCAUCAUUUUCAUCUCAUUGGGAAGAAAAUGGUAUACAUGAAGAAUUGGAAAUAAAUAUGGAAGAACAUCUGGAUCCUGGUUUGCUUAAGCAUAUGAGUAAAGAAGAGUUGAUAAGUCAUUGUACGAAUGAGAUCACUAAAUUGAAGAGAAAUCAUGAGUUAAAAAUACAAAAUAUGACCGAGCAGCAUUUCAGCCACAUGAGAGAAUUGUUGAAAGAAAGGGGACCCUCUCUAACAGUGAAGAAGAAUAAGGAGUUUGAUAUGUUGAGAAAUAGAAUCUCUGAGGUGCUUUCUAAAGUGGAUGAAAUUCUUGCAGAGAAGGAGGAAGUCACUUCAUUGUUUCCUCAAACAUUUGGCGGCUGUGAAGAAAGUAUCAGCAGCUUGAAAGAUAAAGUGGAUUCCCUCUUCUCAGAAAACCACCAACUCAGACAUUUGCUCGAGGAUAAGAAGAGGGAAAUUAAGUGCCUUUCACUACAGCUUUCUGAAGCUGCAGAGAACCUGUCAAAACACACUGUGGCUGAAGCAAAUUUGUUUAAAACUGUUGAAAAUCUUAAAGCAGGUAUGGAAGAUGCGCACAUUGAAGCUUUGAUUGGUGAAGACUUAUUUGCCAGUAUUGUCAAGGAAGUAGUUGAUGAGAUCAAAUGUGCUGCUGAAGAGUCAUGGGUGGAGAAUAGUAUCGUGCAUGAAAUUUACAAAAGCAUUUUAGAAGAAGCUAUUCAUGAUGCUAAACCUUCUACCACAUGUGAAUUGGAAGAUUUGAAUAUGGAGUCCAUCAUCAUGCAAGAAUUGUGUGACGUUAUAUUCAGAGAUGCUUUGAAGGAGGCUGAGGAGAAACUCAAUGAUCUGAACUUCAAGUAUAUCAACGAAUAUAAACUUAGGGUUUUGCACGAGAUUGAAAAACAAGAUAAGGAAAAACAAUUAAUAGCAGAGGUUGCAAACAAGGAGAGAUUACAGCAAGAAGUACUUUGUAUGGUAGAAGAAAAGGAGCAGUUGGCACGAGAUACAGCGGCUGCAUUGGCAUAUGAAAGGGAACGGUAUGAAUUAGCUGCUCAAGAGGUUGAAAAUUUAAGGGUUGAGACAUGUCAACAUCAGAAAUUGAUUUCAGAAAGCGUUGAAGUUUCAAAAGCUGCAAAGCGUGAUUUGGUUGAGGCGUUGGGGCAAAAUGAUAGACAGAAGACAGACAUAUCCAAGUUAGAACAAAAGCUCGAAGUAGCAGUGAAAGAGUUGAGGCAAGUUGAGGAAGAUAGAAGGAUCCUUCUUGAUGUCAACCAAGAAAAGCAGAUUGCUGUAUCUUUGUUCGAAGCAAAAGAGAAGGAAUUCAUGAAGCAAUUUGAAUCAUUAGCUGUCCAUGUCAGUGACUUAUUGAAAUCGUUUACUGAUUUUGAAUGUAGAGUGACACAAGAUAUAUCAGGGAAAUGUUCGAGGUUGAGAAGUUUGACUUCUCAAUCACAGUUGCUUGAACAAAAAGCUGAUGUAAUAGUAAGACGAGGAUUUCUGUAUAAGCAGAGAUUUGAAAAAAAAUGUUCUGACCUCGAGAAAGCAGAAUCUGAGGUUGAUCUUUUGGGGGAUGAAGUGGACACUCUGUUGAAUCUUGUUGAGAAAAUAUACAUUGCCCUUGAUCAUUAUUCACCAAUAUUGAAGCAUUAUCCUGGAAUAAUUGAGAUCUUGAAGCUGGUAAAAAGGGAAUUAUGUGCCGAAAGUAGAUCUGUUUGACCUGACGUUCGCCUUGGGAAUAGCCGGAAUCUGAUGAGAAAUAUAAUCACUGUAUGUGAAUGCCAAACCUUAAGAGAUGCAAAUGAUUGCUACUUGUACAGGCAGUGUAUCUGGUGAGCUUGGUUUUGGUGACAUAUAAUAGGAUUUCCGGAAUCCUUUU